UAUACAUUGUGAAUAAAUGCAACUUGAAAACUGUUUUAUUUUUAUAACAUUUAAAAAAAUGAUCGUGAAAAUAAGCUAUUUAAUGAACACACACACACACAUACACACAUAAUUAUAGGAAAAACUCGCACAUAGCUAACAUUGAAUGACUUGCAAUAUUAUGGCGGGUAACGUAACGUAUAAAUAAACGACCGGCAAACAAACAAUGUUUUAGUUUCCAUUCGGUAGUUCAGUGUCAAGUGCGAACGGAAUAUCGUAGCUGCAAAAAGUGUGAAAAUUUGAAAGGUUGCAAUUGUUUUUGCUGUUUCUUAAAGGACACUUUCCAAAUUUGUGGCGAAUAUUUUUCAGUCCUUUUGUGUCGAGCUACAAUACCCGUUUUCCAAAAAUGUUUAUCGAGUUAAUUAUACUCGCCCUGACGGUACUACUGGUUUGGGAUUACCUCUUCAAAAUGCAUCGAAAUGAUUUAUUAAACAAAUAUAAAAUACCUGGACCCCCAUUGGUGCCACUCUUAGGUAAUGCACUCGAAGUAGGAAAAUGGAAAACAGACGAAAUAAUCGCCAAGACUUUCGAAAAUCGCAUGAAAUAUGGCAAAAUUAUGCGCUUUUGGGUGCUCCAUCAACUAACCGUUAUCGUAUCGGACAUCAAAUAUUUAGAAUUUAUAUUAAGUAGCCAACAGUUAAUUAAGAAAAGCAGUUUUUAUGAUUUUUUGGUUUGUUGGCUGGGUCGGGGCCUCCUAUUGAGCACUGGCCGGAAAUGGCAUGCGCGCAGAAAGAUCAUAACACCAACCUUUCAUUUCAAAAUACUCGAAGAGUUCGUAGAGAUUUUUGAUCAACAAAGUGGCGUUAUGGUGAAGAAACUCAAGGAGCAAGCCGAUGGCAAGACCGCGAUUAAUAUCUUUCCAGUUGUCUGUCUCACUGCUUUAGAUAUAAUCGCCGAGACGGCUAUGGGUGUGAAGGUGCAUGCGCAGGACAAUCCAGACAUUGAAUAUGUGCGCGCAGUGGCAUCUGUUGCCGCCACUAUGGCCAAACGCUUUAUGACGCCCACGUGGCGUUUGGAUUGGCUUUUCCGCCUCACGGCACCCAAUGAAUAUAAGAAAAUGAUGCAAGAGACUGCCGUUAUGCAUAAAUUCACAAAUGCUGUAAUCAUGGAGCGCCGCGCCGCAUUGGAGCAGAAACAGACGAGUAGCGCCGACGAACCGGAGGUGGAUGAUGUGGGUAGUAAGAAGCGCAUGGCUUUAUUGGACGUACUUUUACAAGCCACGCAUGACGGCACGCCAUUGAGUAAUGACGACAUACGUGAAGAGGUCGAUACAUUUAUGUUCGAGGGCCACGACACCACUACCAGUGGCAUCUCUUUCUGUUUGUAUCUCAUCUCGCGACAUCCCGAUGUUCAGCAAAAGUUAGUGGAGGAGAUAAACGAUGUGAUUGGCACAGAUAAAACACGGGCUAUAACGCUGCACGAUUUACAAGAAUUAAAGUAUUUAGAAUCUGUUAUUAAAGAGUCAUUGCGUUUGUAUCCACCGGUACCGGUUAUUGGACGUGAGACUACAGAGGACACGCAACUGGGUGACAUUGUCAUACCAGCUAAGACGAACAUUAGCAUUCCAUUCUUUAUGGUGUUACGCGAUCCCGAGCAUUUUCCCGAACCAGAUGCCUUUAAACCGGAACGAUUUGUCGUCGAUAGUGGGAAUAAAAUGAAUCCAUUUUCAUAUGCGCCCUUCAGUGCGGGGCCCAGAAAUUGUAUUGGUCAGAAAUAUGCGGUGUACGAGAUGAAGAGCACGAUUAGUAAGAUUUUACGAAAUUUCGAGAUUUUACCGGCGGAACCGGAUGUUAAGCCGAUUAUAAAUUUGAUUUUGCGCUCAGCUACUGGUGUUCAUAUUAAAUUAAAGCCCAGAUCUGAUUGAAAGUAAGAGGUAUGUAUGUACUUAAAAGAAAAGUGUUGUGUAUAUCUUCGCUUUGUGGCAGAAUUGUUGUAAAUAUGUUUCCAAUGAGAGGAGAUAUUAAUUGUUUUAAUUUAAAUCUUAAAUAUGUCUAAAAACUAGGUGAAUCUUAAAUUUAAGAUGAUUUAAUUUAAAUUAUUGUUAAAUCCAUAAUCAUAUGAUUGUCAAUCACAAUGUCAAAUUUUCUCUUUUUCUAUAAAAUGAAAGUGAAUAGUCAAUAAAAUAAUUUAGUGAAGUAAUGUCUU